GCACAAUUAAAAGUUACGCAUAAAUUUUUUCAGUUGAACUUGAGAGACUGUCGUAUUAUUUUAACGAGUUUGUCAAACUCCAUGAAAGUUCUGAGUUUGCAAAGUAAUCCAAAUUGCGCGAUAAAGUAUCCAACCGGCAUUCCAAUAUUUUUCCACGAAGCAGUUAGAAAAGUCAGUUGUAAUUUAUUAGAAGUUUCCGCAAUAUCGGCGGUUAACAUACCAUCUGUUAGCUAACAAUAGAUGUUGACCUUGAAGGCUUUUACGGAGGAGUUUUCGCUCGAAAGGGUAGGAAAUAAUUACGUUCGAGUCAGUAACCCGGGCGUGCGUUAUUGAUGGACUCGCGCGGGCGGCGGCGGCGGCGAGGCGCGCGGUAAGUGGGUCAGGGUAGGAGAUGGGAGCGCGCAGCCGCCGACUCACUGCGCCCUCAGCCUUCAGCCAUGGCGGACGCGCCGCCUGAAGUCCUCGAGUUGAAUGUGGGCGGCGUGCAUUACGCCACUACACGCGACACCCUCCUGCGCGAACCCGAAUCGCUUCCCGCCGCCGCGCUGCGCGACCCCGAGCAUCCACGUGACGCCCGCGGGCGCAUCUUCUUCGACCGCGAUGGUGUACUCUUCCGCUAUGUAUUGGAUUAUCUCCGAGACGGCGGUCUCGUUCUCCCAGAAUGUUUCAGAGAACACAAGCGACUCGCUCGCGAGGCGAAACAUUACAGGUUAGUCGGAUUAGAGAAUGCAGUGCGAGAAGCAGAUCCUAGGCCGCCUAAUCGUGAACGCGGUUGCAUCACCGUCGGAUACCGAGGUAGCUUUGCGUUCGGUCGUGAUGGAUUGGCUGACGUCAAAUUCCGCAAACUAUCACGUAUUUUGGUUUGCGGAAAAGUAACACUUUGCCGAGAUGUCUUCGGGGAAACUCUGAACGAAUCUCGAGACCCCGAUCACGGGUUGGCAGACCGAUACACGUCGAGGUUUUUCUUGAAACAUUCAUUCAUAGAACAAGCAUUCGAUAUGUUGCAAGAGAACGGAUUCAAACUGACUGCUAGUUGUGGCAGUGGCACUGCUGGCGGAGCUGCUGAAUUAAAACCUGGUGUUGACUCUGAAGAAAACCGCUGGAAUCACUACAACGAGUUUGUGUUUGUGCGUGAAUAAGUUCACUUUGUAGUAGUAGCAUGUGAUAACGAGUCAGCUGAGCCUUCACGAGCCACGUGUACUGUUAUCAGUGGACGGCAAUAAUAUGAGAAUAGUAUUCCAGGUAAUGAGAUUGACGAAGUUUAAUAAACUGAAGUAUCUAUCUUGAAUCAUUGUUAAAAUAUGUAUACUUUUUGAAUAUUUCAUCUUAAAAGAACUUAUGAUUUAUGUUUUAAUAAAUUAGGAUUUUAAAUGGAAUUACCUCAUAAUUACUUUAUAUAAAAGUUAGUAUACGAAAAUUAUUUAUUAUACCGUUAGAACACUUAGAACAACCACGGUUAAGUUUGUACACAGAUAUUUUGUAAUUGUUUGAAGUUUUAAAGUUUCCCCUGUUAUAUAGAUAAUGAGAACUUACCUAUAAUCGUGUAUCAAAUAGUUAGUAUUAAAUGUAAAAAUAUAUAAAAAAAAAAAACUAGCAGUAGUGAAUUACCUAUUCCUUUAUAGAAUGAAUUUCUGUACUUAUUGUUACAAUGGCAGUUCUAAUCUAAAUUAUUUUGUAUUGACUUUAUAGUGAUAAAAAGUAUCUUGUAAAGUAUUUUGAAUAUUAUGACAUUGUGGGCCAUGGUUUUUGAUAUAAAAUAUGCCAAAUUAUGAAUUAAAACAAGUCUGACAAAUGCAUACACUUUUAUUCUGCUUCAGUAAGAAUUAUAAUGUAAUAUUUUUAUUCAGUGUACCAAUAUUGUUAUAUUUGUGUAAAUUUAUGCAUGAUAUAUAUAUAAUUUAUACAUGUUAUAUGAAUGCCUACUGAUCUGAUCAAAGCAUUAAAAUCUUACUUCUAAAAAAAUAACCGUUUGUGAAACUAACAAAAAGUAAUUAAAGCGUGUGUUAACUAACUGUCCCUAAAAUAAAAGAGCUGGAUUUUUUUUAUACAAAGCCGGUGCAUAUAUGAAUGAAAUUACGUCACAUAUCGUGAGUAGCGGUACGUCAGAAAUGACGAAUUUCAAACUUGUACACUCACUUGACGGAACAUCCGUUGCGUAAUAACGUAUACUUCUGUGAAUCGCAUGGAUCUUUCGUCAGAUUUGCACCAACCCUUAGUUUCUUAAAAAUAAUGCUAACAUUAUUAUUAAAUAUUUUACACUUAAGUCUUGUAUUCCUUUUUUUUGUUAGUUAUGUCGCCACAGCAUGACUGCUAUUCUGUAAUCAAUCUCGGAACUUUACGUCGACAGCGCUGUUACAGCAUAAAGGUUCAAUGAAAUAGGAAUUUUAUUACCUUUUGAAGUAGGUUUUAUUUGAUUAAACUUCUAGUCGGUGGCUUCAAGUUUUACGCUUGAUUUUUUUACAAAAUAGCAUUUUUUACUGGCUGCGUGUAGAAGGGCUGAUCUUGAGAAUAGUUUUCAAAGUAUUCGUAAUGGAAAUCCACAAGGUAACGCCUAAUUCUAUUGAUUAUUUUUUUACAGAAAAAUAAAACUGCACUAUGGAACAUAAAACAUUCACUUUCGGACAUUUUUUAAUUGUCUAUUUAAUUUUGGUAAUGUGUAAAAUAACGUGUUAAACAAUCUGUGGCUAAUUGCUGGCAGGCUGGUGUCAAGGUGUCACCAUAUCUGAGGUCCCAGGUUUGAUUCCCAGUCGCGGCAAUGCAGAUAACGAACUUUUCUAUUUUGUGCUGUAGUAUCUUUUUGGGUUUCCAUAAUACAAAUGCUAAUAGCUACUUGAUUUGAGAUUUCAGCAUUGUACACACGGAUUAACGUCAGGUUACCACAAUAUGACAAAUAUCCACAAUUAGAUUUCAACUUGAGUAGCUCGGUGGGAUAGUGGAUAAGCGCCGUGGCCCGCGAUCGUAAUCGUUAAGCAACUUUCGCAAGGGUCGAUCACGGGAUGGGUGACCAAAAAAAUUAUUAUCUCGAGCUACUCCGUGCUUCGAAAGGCACGUUAAGCCGUUAGUCCCGUCUGCAUUUGCAGUCGUUAAUACCCUCCAAUCCGCAUUGGGCCAGCGUGGAGGAUCAUAGCCCAUCCUCCUUAACCAUCCAUAAGGAAGGCCUGAGCCCCUGCAGUGGGGACGUAAAAGGGCUGGUGAUGUGGUGAUGUGAGAUUUCAACUCGCCUCUCAAUACAUUAAGGUUUAAAUUCAAUAACGCAAAACUUUUCAUUGAACAUGGAAAGCAAUUAUAGAAGUGUGGGAGAAAGUUGAAAAUAACUUCCUUCAUUACACUUUAGAUCGUUAGCGUACGAAUUUAUUUAGCAAAUCUCCUUCCGCAAAUUAUGGCGCGAAAAUGUAAGUUGCCAUUUUGUUUUUACAUUUUGAAAAGUCGCAAAGUCGAAUUUAUAUAAUCGCUACCAUAUCAUUAGUAUUACCUAGAUAUUUGAAGUCGAUCUUCCAAUCAUCUUCCGAAUCAUUUCAGUAGUUAUUUUGACUAAAAAUCUUAUGUUUACUAUCCAGAAUUGUUAAUUCUGUAUUAAUAGUUAAUAUGUAGGUAUUUACUGAAUGGAACUUAUAGUGUUGUAAGGAAUAUAGAGUCCCAGGUUGGAUUUAUUUUUGGUUCUUUGAUAUAACAAAUUAACUUUUCUAUAUUGUCUCGGGUCUGGCUGUUGUGUUAUCUACAUUGUUUCAGAUGUCCAUAAUUCAAGUAAUUCAUUUGAGAUUUGAGCUAUGUAUGUAAUGUUAUCUAAUAUUUAUUUCUAUAAUGCCUACUUCUAAACUACUGGUCGUGUAAUUUUCGAUCUACAAUGAGACGCAGUGUGAAUUAAUUACAAUAAAGUUGCCAACCGUCCUAUUUUCCCAGGACAUGUAUCAGUUUUCAUAGUGUCAAAGGAUACCCUUGAUGGUUUUUAAGUUGCGUUUUGGGUUUAUAAGCAUCCAUUCUGGAUUUCAAGGCACCUGGAAAUGGUCAAGUA